AUGACAAAAUCUAAAAGAUUAUUUGGGAAACCUCAGUUUGUAGUGGUAAUUCCCGCUGGAGGCGUUGUAUUGCACAGCUUUGUGUGUCUUGUGGGUGGUGUUAGUAACUUCGAUGUCGCGCACGAAGAGGCCGCUGAAGGAGUAGUUUGGCAUCACGAAUUCCACCUCGAUUGGUCCGAUUGCUGGGUCCUGGUCGUUCAGAGACCUCGCCAGCUUGCACUGGAACUCGAGUGUGUACUUGAUGCCGCCGCAAGCCUUGCCCAGAUGCCAGUGCAUCGAGCUCAGCGCGAGGUUGAACUGGCAGUGACCGAAGUGGUUGAUGAUCUCCACAUUAGACGUCGUGGGUGGCAGAGGUAUCUUGAGCAACAGAUUGUUAGCGCUGACGUUCUUGGAGAACUUGGUACGUAUGGUGACGUGGUAAUACACCAGCUGCUUGGUGGCCUUGGUGAUUACCGGCGUCACUUCGAACGGCAGUUCCCCGCUGAUGUCGCAUCUAUAGAGCAUGAGCGCCGUCAUUCCCUGCUGCGGCACCACCGUCAGCUGCCUCGUUUUCAUUAUCCAGCCUAUGUCGACCGUUUUGUGUACCUUGAAGUCGAGCAUGUUGGUCGCCAACUUGGCCCCGGCUGGGAGUGCGAAAUUGGAGUCGUGUUUGUUUUCCACACUCUUGAACGCGUUUUGCGUGUGUGUGUUCGUGAAGUCGGUGUUCAGCUUGAUGGUAACCUUCGGCGUCCCAGACAUGAGGCAGUCCAUGUCCACACCGUAGCCUUCCAGGUAGUGCAUGACUCUCGGCUGGUUCUUCUUGAACAGGCUCGUCGUCAUCUCCUUGACAGCCCAGGGCCCGAGGUAGUGCAUGUAAAAGUCCUGCGGGUAGCCCCCGUCGAUUGCGAGGUCCAUAAGCUCCUGGAGCGUUGUCGCAUAUUUGACAACCGCCGCCUCGGUAACCCUUGCUUCCAGCAGCGUGACGAUGGUGUCGCGUAUGUCGACGAGGCACUGCAUGACGUGCGCGGCGUUAACGUCGCCGUCGCACGACGCCACCAGGUGCAACCCAUCGAGCCUGAUCCUGAAAUACGUAGCGAAUCCGAACUGCUGAAUCGGCUUGUACGGCUUCAGGUUCCGCUGAAUCAUGUUCCUGGCGUACAUGACGGCGUCCUGCCGGCUGCCUCCGCCGCGGAAGGCUCUGUAGAACAGCAGGCUUCCAUGACAGUUACUGAUAAAGACAGCCGAUAUCAUACUUCAUCAGUCAGAAUCGAGGUGCCGCCCGGCACUGUGCGACUGCAAAACGGCUUCACCGGUGCGCGGUUUCCGCGCCGGCCCGUUGCGCUAUAG